CUGCUUAAUGGAUUCAUAAGCAAUACUAUGCAAACAGGUAUAUCAACUGAUAUAUAUGCCAUCAUGAUAGCUGGAGAUGGCGAGAUGCAUAAUCUUUAAUGAUUUGCUGAGGAACCACUCUGUUCUUAGCCUAUUUUACAUAUUCGUUUAACCCUGUCAGAAGUUCAAUUAAGUAUGCGCAGUCAUGAGUCAUCUGAAAGCUUCCUCACAAGAAAAUGGAAUGAAAAACUGCAGACUCUUGUCGCUAGUACGCAAGAGAUUUCAGUCAAAAUAGACAAACUGGAGAACAAAACUGAUACAAUAAAACAAGAAAAUAAGUAACGACUUGCUGAGUGAAAUAAUGAAGAAACAUUCAGAUCAAACUACAUCUAUACAGGAAUCACUAAAAGACAUGGAUAGAAGGUUAAGUGAAAAUGAAACCCAAGUGGAGUUCCUACUAAAACAAAACAAUACCCUUUUGGACAAAAUAAAUUUAUCUUGAAAGCAGGUCCAGAAGAAACAAUACAAGAAUUUAUGGUGUACCUGAAAAAGAAGGAAACAACGUGGUACAAUUCCUGGAUACUUGGUUACCAAAAAUUCGGACCCUGCCUGAAGCACUUUCUUUUCAAAUUCAAAGAGCACAUAGAUCUCUUUCAAAUAUUGCAACAACAAAAAUGUAUCCUCUCCGAGAUCUAUUAUUGUUAGAUUCCUUUCUACACAGUAUAAAAAUUUGGUAUUGAAAACAGCGUGGUCAAACUCCCCAAUAACUUUUAAUAGCAAAACAAUUAGGUUUUAUACUAGGAUUAUACUUCUACAGUAAUGUCUAAAAGGAAAGUCUGUGUACCUCUAAUUAAAAGCCUUAAGAAAUCAAACAUUAAGGCUCAAAUCCUAUUUCCAGCGAGAAUAAAGAUGUUUUUAUCUGAUGGACAAAAGAUAUUCAAACUCAUUGGAUGAACUGGACUAUGCACAGAAAAAUAAACUCCUAAAUAACCAAGAAGAAAUUAACAGAUCUUUAGUGAGCUUAAGACAUGUAUCAAAGAAUGGAUAGUUAACAAAAGGAAGUAGCAGCAGCAAAAAAAUUAAAGAAAAGUGACAAUUAACCUUUUCUUUAGGAUUGUUCUCAUUACUUAUAACACUGUCAUAUACAGUGUUAUAAACAAAACCUUAACUUCAUCUGGCACAAAAGGUCAUAAUAUUUUAAGGUGGCAGAAUGUCUACUACCAGGAGUCCUCGUGAUCCUAAAUGUACAGCUGAUCUGGGAGCAGAGUAUGUUACAGCUACUCCACACUAUGCCAAAAAACAUAAGAGCUUCUAUGAUGAACUGUUGGCUCUUGGCAUCUUAAAACCACUAACGGCUGCAGUGGAUGGAAUGAUAGUUAGUGAUCCAAGAUCCCAAAACUUUGUUACACCUCUGGGAAUGUCUUCUAUUGUCAAACAUUAUCUGCAAGAGUCAGGUGCAGAAGUGACCUAUAAUUGUCUUGUCACACAUAUGUACCUCAGAAAUGGAAAAUGGGAAGUCCAGAGAAAAAGUGGCUCAUCAGAAAUGUUUGAUAUAGUUGUCCUGACAAUGCCUGUUCCACAAAUUCUGCAACUUCAAGGAGAUAUCACAAAAUGCAUUACUGACAGCCAGAGACAGCAAAUGGAAUCUGUCAUCUACUCUUCUCGAUAUGCUUUAGGACUCUUCUAUGAAGCUGGCACUCAGAUCGAUGUUCCCUGGGCAGCUAAGUAUAUCAGUGACAAUCCCUGCAUUCGCUUCAUAUCCAUUGAUGAUAAAAAACGCAGUGUAGACUCACCCACAUGUGGACCUGCUGUAGUUGUUCACACAAGUGUGUCAUUUGGAAAAGAACAUUUGGAGGAAGAGAAGGAGGAAGUACAGCCCUUGAUCCUGAAGCACCUAGAAAACCUGAUGCCAGAUCUGCCCAAACCAGUCAGUAGCAAGUGCCAAAAAUGGAGAUAUUCGCAGGUUAUAAAUGCUGUGGUUGAUGGCCCUGGACAAAUGACACUUCAUUCCAAACCUUGGCUCAUAUGCGGUGGUGAUGGAUUUACACAUUCCAAUUUUGAUGGCUGCGUAGAAUCAGCUUUAAACAUUUUACACACUUUAAAAAUGAGUAUCUAAGUUGUUAUACCCUUGAUCAGUAAUGCCUUUAACUAAUGUUUACCUUCACUGUAUAACUGACCUAAAAGUCCAUUUCUCUUGUAACAACCUUCAACAACUUUUGAUAGUAGAUAAUCUGGAAAGCCGUACCUUUAUGUGACUAGAAAUGCAAACCUUUGAAUACAAAUUGUGUUUUUGUCUGUUAACUUUAAAAGAUGCAGUAUUUUAGUCAUGAGGACUGCAUUUACAUCUUUAUUAUAUGCCUGUAACUGUUCAGUUCUGUUACAAAAGUUCCCUCUUAUCUGUCCCAGGCAUAUUUAUUAAUGGCCAGCAUCCAAUGAGCCAGACGUGAUUUAUAUGUAAGUAGUUUGAAUAGUGUAUAAUAUGACAUUUCUCUGCAACUCUACCACCCACAUAUUCACACUGCAGUUUUGCUGACAGUUUCAGGAGACAAAGAUCUUUAACAUCAUUCAUGGCCAUUAUUCAUUUUCAGUUUGUGGUUUUUGCUUUGGCAUGAAACCGCAGUUAACAGCACUGGCCAGCCCUGCACGUAUCUGGCAGGCUUAGUCAUUGCUGUAAACUGUAACUCCUUAUGUUCAGUAGAUAUGCAGUUGCUACUACUACCAGAAUAUGACAUGUGAAUAAGUAUGCUGUUAGGGCGAGUCUAGAUUUCAACUGUGAAUCAGGAAGCAAAUUAGUUGCUUCAAACUGCCUUAACACUAUAGUCGACUGAACUCAUGGCAGCUAGUUAAAUAGGAUCCUUCUUCACCCUUUUCUUUUUUCUAUAUGAAAUUUUAGGUGGUACAAGAUAAUCUAAACAUGAAUUUUAAAGUUUUUUCGCAGUAUAAAUAAAUUUGAUAAAGGAUACUGAGAAGCCCCCCCCCAUGGCAAAUCCAUUAAACACAGGUGCCUUUUUUUUAAAUGAGGACAGACACCUAACAUUGUCAUUAUAGAAGACAUUAUUAUUCUUUACUUUGGAUUUCAGGACUGCAACAGAUCGUUUGAUUAUUUCAGUGAGUAUUUUGCAUGGCAGCAUUACUGUCUUAGUUCAGAUUUACAUCCCCUCUUCUGAACUGGAACUCUUUUUGGAGUAUCAUAAGCCAAAGGAUUAUGUACUGCAUUUGUGGACUGACCGUAGGGUCAGAUAGGAAGUCAGACACAGUAACCUAAAUGUAGGGCUCCUUUUUACAGUUUUAACAGUUGGUUGGCUUCUGAGCUUUGCUCAUCAUAUCCUGAGUACUGGGACAGCUUGUGAGGUAAGAGUGGUGGGAACUACCCUGCCCAAAUACCUCCUGCACUAGACCUUCAGGAAAUCUUAACUGAUAAUACUUUGCAGAUGCACAGAACAAGUUAACAAAAUGAAGUAAACCAGCAAAAAUGUCCAUGGUUUAUCUUAGAAGUGAUUUGUAUGUUUGUGUUGUGGGGGGAACUUUGAUGCAAUGGCAGUAGAGCUGGGAAAUUUAAAAAGAUGGAUGGAUACAGAGACUUACUGCAGAGGUGGAAAAUAAUGACAUGAGGUAACAUUGUUUCUUUGGCCCUGUGAAGCAUGGCUGCAGCUGGCAGCCUGAUAUUGGGUUCUCUAGGUCAGCUUGUAGUGCUUGCACUUAUUUACUACAAGGUGUAGUCAGUGCUGACCGAUUUAAUCUCAUGUAAGUCUAACUACAAACAGAUUUAUUGGGAUGCUUACAGAAGAUUAUUAGACAGUUGUAACAGUGUGAAAGUUUUCUCUUUUUAAUUCAGUAGGAAAACAACAUGAGCUCUGGGAAAUUUCAUCAACCCAUCAGUGUUGUUAAUUUACAAAGUAAAUAUGCUAGACUAAUCUUCUUCAUGAGCUAGCUUGCAGGAGAAUUUUUUUUCUUUUUGCAGAUCAAUGUCACGGCUAUAAAUGUCUUGAGAUGAAAUUCCCCUCAUAUUUGAAAAACAAAAAUAAUGCAAAGUAUUUUAAAUUCUCAGUUUGUGUGGGGGACGACAAAGCCCUCAAAUAUUUCACGCAUAAAGCUUCGCUGCCUGGACUACCUUAAUUAAUGUAAUGAACUUCAGGAUCACCUUGAGGAAAGAAGGUGUUUAAUGUGGUGAGCUUAUUUAAAAGGCGAGACACCAAGUGCAGUCAGCAUGCCUGUUGUGACCAUCACACAAAGUAUAUUUUGCCAGCUCCAUGUAGAUUAGAUCAUUUAUUUCCAUUUUCAGUAGUGUUCACAGUUGUAAAAUGCAGAUUAAAAACUUUCAUUUUUGCUGUAAGAAAUCUGUUCAUAUUAUUUUCAGAAUAUUUUAUUGGAUAUAUAUUUUAUUUUAUUCAUUUAUUUUUAAGAGACAGUUUUUUUCUGGCUCCAGCUUCCCUAGGGUUUUCAGCUGUGUUUUUUUUUUCUUGAGUUUUCCUAAAAGUAUCUAUGUGUAUCUACAUUUCAUAUUUUAGAUCUCAGGCAUAAACAUUUAAUUGCAUGAAGAAUAGAACAAUAGCAAACAAAUGUGAUAUUUGUCUAAACAUUUAGCUUAUAUUUUCUAAUUUUUACUAACUGCAGUUUGCAGCAGAUUAAAGUGUAAAACUGGUUAGCUUGUUGGUGAAUGUGUUUUUCCCAAGCUUUGCUACCCUAAACCAUGCUUUCUUCAGUAGAAUGUGUUCAUGAUGGCUGGCUGGGAUGUGGAACUGAGCUGUGUGCAUCUUACAUUAUACACAAGUAUGUGUUCUGAUGUAGAGGCUUAUCAAAAUGUCCAGCUAGUAAAAUAGGCUUACUCAGCCUCUAGGAUACAGUAUGUUACGUAAGUGAAAACAGCAGUGAUCUGUCUGUAGGAAGCAGCUGAGCAAGGAGCUACUCAGUCCAGAACAAAGUAAAUGUCUGUCCUUCUAUCUUAUAAUGUAACCUUUAGCCUUAUUCUUGUGUGAAAUAGAUGGAAAAAAAAUAUUUCUGAUACUGUGCUACACAGGACAGCACAGUGGCUCAUUGCUAAGAUCUCACAGCUGCACGAGCUGGAUUUCAGUAAUGACCACUUGUGAGUUUUCAUGUUCUCCCCAUAUCCAACAGCUAGUUGAUCGAUUACAUUAAAUUAUAGUAACCCUUGCCUUAGGGUUCCCUGUUAAAAUCAGCAAACGCUUAAAAUAUUGAAUGCUGUUUAAUCAAACCUUUAUAAUCAAAAUGGCGAAAUCCCGAACACGUGGAAC